GAGGAAUUCUACAUACAACUCCAAUCAGUACCAGACAAGACUUCAGUUGGCGACAUCAAAAUCCAUUCUAAUGGGCAACGUGAAUGCCAAACUCGGAGCAGACAACACAGAAAAGAACUAACCAUGGGUCGAGAAACAAUCGGUGAUAUGAAUGAGAAUGGAGAAUUGUUUGCAGAAUUCUGUGCAUUCAGCGAUUUGGUGAUUCGAGGCACUGUGUUCAAGCACACGGAUAUCCACAAAGCGACAUGGAUUUCGCCAGAUGGACACACUAUACCAAAAAUCAGAUCGACUUCAUCUCAAUGUGUAGAAAGUGGAGACGCAGUCAGCCUACUUGACACAAGAUCAAGAAGGGGAGUAAAUGUUGGUUCAGACCACUCACUAUCUAGUGCAAGAGACCUUCAAAAUCAAGUUGAAAGCCUUGAAAGAAGUUAGUGACAGACCAAAGUUCAAGUUCAACACCCAGAAACUAAAGAACGUAACUACAGAGGAC